UGCCGGCAAAGUGACCUAGCUGAAGGAAGAGAGAAGCACAUUGACUCGGCUUAAGAGAGAAGAUGUGGACUUUGGAUCCAGCGAUGGAGGAGGUGUUGGCCACCAUCUUGCAGGGGCAGCGGACACUGCAGGGAGCCCUGCUGGAGCUCUGCAGACAGGCAUCGGCCGAUUCAUCUGAUGAGGACCAAGAGGAGGUCGUGGAGAAGCUGACCCAGGGGGCCGAGGGACUGAAGGUAACUACAAUGCUUACUGCCAUGAAUGAAGAAAUGCAGCUUGAAGCAGGUUACCAACCGCAUGGAGCGGCUAACACUGUCCAGGCCUGGGAGGCUCUACCAAAGAUGGCCAGGACCAAUGAGCGUGUGUUCCUGGGUGAGUUCAUCGAUGAAAAUGACGAUGAUGAUGUCGUUGAUGAUGUCGAUUAUGAAGGUGAUGUCGAUGAUUAUGACGAUGAAAACGCCGAUGAAAUUGAUGAUGUGGAUGAAAAUGAUUAUGUCCAUGAAAAUCAUGUCAAUGAAGAUGAUGAGGAUGAUGGUGAUGAAGAGUGUGAUGAAGCUGCUGUUGACAAAGCUGUUGAUGAAAAUGCUGCUGAUGAUUGUGAGAAUGACCAUGAUGAGUCAGAGGAAGAAGUCUCUCUGCCUAAACAGGCAGCUCCAGCCAAGUCUGCUCCAGCCAAUGCUACCCCUGCAGCACCAGCAAAAGAAGCUGGUAUGGUAAAGGCUAAGGAAGAGUCUGGGGAAGAUGACUUCGACAGCCAAGAGGUAGAUGACCUUGAGAGCCACAGAGGUCAGCUGAAGUCUUUCAUGGAGAGCAAGACAGAGGAGAAGGAGAGGGCUGUGAACGCUGACAAGGAAAUGCAGGCCAAACACGACCAGCUGAGGCAGCUCCAGGUGGGAUCAGACAGUCGUGUGGCAGAGCUGUCGAGCCAGCUGAAGCUGAAGACCUUUGAGUCUGAGCGCGCUCAGAUGGUGCAGGAAGAGACGGCCCGUUCCCUCAGCCUGUGUCAGAUGGAGUGUGAGAAACACCAGAAGAAACUCGAGGUCCUGACUAAGGAGUUUUAUGAGCUGCAGUCGUCAUCAGAGAAGCGUGUGGUGGAGCUCCAGGCUCAGGUCAGCAGGCAGCAGGUCAAACUGGAGACCUACGAGAGGCUGGAGCAGGAGCUGGACGACGUCACCAUGCAAGCUGCAGAGAUGGCCAGCGAGGAGGAGGCUGAGAGGGUGCUCUUCUCCUACGGCUAUGACGCUAAUGUGCCCACCACCGCCAAACGGCGGCUCAAGCAGAGAGUUCACCUUGCUAGGAGGGUCCUGCAGCUGGAGAAACAGAACACACACCUACGAAGAGACCUGGAAAAGCAGAACACCCAGAUCGGCAAAGUGUCCAAAGAGCUGGAGGCAGCCAAUCAGCUUAUCCAGCAGGCCCAGCAGCCCUACAGCUACCUGAAUGAGACGGUGAAGCAGAGAGACUGCCAGAUCGAGAAACUGAAGGAGCGCAUCACCUCACUGGAGGAGGAAGUCAAUGUGCUGAAGGAGAGGACCCUGAAGAAGGCGGAGACGGAUAGCAAAGAUGUGCCCGAACACGCCAUGCUCAAGAGUAAGCGACUCUACGCCCUGCCAGAGGUGGUCGAUUGCUUCCCUGAGGUGACUCAUGUGGAGCUGAGGAAGCUGGAAGCAAAAGCGCAUUUGAAUAGGCAGCUUGCCUUAAAUAGUCAAGAGUUGUCAACUGGAGAGAGGACAGAAGACGGGGCAGACACUGAUGUGGUUUCCAGUACACAGCGGGAGAAACGGAGGGAAAAAGAGACAAACGGCAGGGUUUAA